AUGACGGAGGACAAGAAGCACGAUGCUGGCGAUGCUGCUGGCCAUGUGCUGGUGACGCCGGGCACGAGACUGGCACCCCAAAGCACACACGUAGCAGGAGAAGGGACGUACUUGCGGGACGGAUACAUCUACGCAUCACUGGUAGGACAGCGGGUGGAGACAAAGAAGCCUGAGGACAGCAAAGACACAAAGCCGGUCAUCUCAAUCCAUCGACCAGGCCAAAUUGCUUCCCUCGUGCCGACUGUGGGCACCGUCGUCACAUGCAAGGUCAUAUCCAUGAAUCCUCGCUUUGCAAAGACAAAGAUCCUGUGUGUGGGCGCAGUACCACUGCAACAAUCGUUUUCAGGCAUCAUCCGGUGUGUUGAUGAAACCUGUUGGGUUGAUGGAGAUGGAAUGCCCAAAGACAAAGGCGAGGCUGACAUGUGUGACGACCACGCUGGGUCACAGGAGCAGCGAAAGGUCGCGCUGAUUGCGGAAGAGGACACGGCGGAAGAAGACAGCGAUCGAGCCAUGGAUACCAGCACCACCACGUCGUAA